AUGGCAUUCACUAGACCUGAUCUUGGUGAAGAACUACCACUCCUGGCUUCUGGAAAGGUCAGAGAAUUGUACGAGGUGGACAGUAAGACCCUGUUGUUCGUCGCAUCAGAUCGAAUAUCAGCGUACGAUGUGAUCAUGCAAAACGGCAUACCCAACAAGGGCAAAAUUUUGACAUUGAUGACAGCCUUCUGGUUCGAGUAUCUUCAGAAGCACGUUCCUGGCUUGAAGACACACUUUCUCGGUCUCAAAGUGCCUGACAUUGUUCCAGAUGCUGCGAAAGCACAGCUAGUCAACCGAAGCAUGCUGGUUCGCAAACUCAAAAUAUUUCCUAUAGAAGCCAUCGUGCGUGGCUAUAUCACAGGUUCUGCGUGGUCGUCCUAUAAGAAAACAGGCGCGGUCAAUGGCAAGAGGAUGCCGGAAGGUCUGCAGGAAUCGCAGGAAUUCCCGGAACCAAUAUAUACCCCGAGCACAAAAGCUGAAUUAGGCCAGCACGACGAAAACAUCUCCACAGAAGAAGCUGCCAAGAUCGUCGGCGAUAAGUAUGCCAAGCGGAUCGAGGAACUGGCUCUGCAAAUCUACUCUACCGCGAAAGAGUAUGCCAAGCAGCAGGGUAUUGUCAUCGCCGACACCAAGUUUGAGUUUGGUCUUGAUGAAGAGACUGACGAGGUCGUGCUGGUGGACGAGGUUUUGACUCCAGAUAGUUCACGGUUCUGGUCAGCAAGGACAUACCAGAUAGGCAAAUCCCAAGACAGCUUCGACAAGCAGUACCUGCGAGACUGGUUGACCAGCAACGGCUUGAAAGGCAAAGAAGGUGUAUCGAUGCCACAGAAUAUAGCGGAAGAGACUAGCUCGAAGUACGAGGAGGCCUUCCACAUAUUGACGGGCCAGACAUUGGCGGAAGCCAAAAGCUGA